CUUUUGUCUAUUCUUUUGUCACAUAAUGUCAAUCAACCUUAUCCUAUUAUUCAACUGUUGACGACAACGUUAACUCAAGCAGCGAAUCCAAUCAUGUUUUGUAAAUGUUUUUGUGGAUCCAAUAGUACUAUAUUCGAAUUACCAGUCAUAGAAAAACCUUGUGGAAACUGUACUAAACAAUUCUGUUUAGACAAUGUUGAAAAUGGGAUAUGUGAUGGUAUUGCUGAUGAGACAUGUCCUAGUAAUGAUUUUAAAACCGCUUGUUUUGCACGGGAUUCUUUUAAAGAUGAAAUUAUUGUACGCGUAUUCUUGAUUGCUGUUGUUGGCUUGAUUGUAUUUGCAUUGAUCAUACCCUUUUAUACUAAAUGGAAAAAGGAUCAAAAAUUACGACGACAAUAUACUCAAGUGAUAGAUCAAGAUAUGCCUUCUCAAUAAUAACCCAUUGAUCAUACCUCCUGUUUUAUUUUGGUUAUCCACUUUCAUUAGACUCCUGCCUUUAUCCCCCCCCCUCUCCUCUCCUCCCUUUUUUUUUAUUUAUUUAUUUAUUCUGUACACAAUUAUAAUCAUUUUUGUUUUAUUUCAAUCGUAAAAAGUUGUAUCAUAUCAUCACAUAUACAUAUAAACAUCAAAGUAAAGAAGAAUAAAUAUAUCUAAGCUAUCUCUAUUGUACACCAGUUAGGUUUUCCAAUGGGACUAAAUGAAUCAACCUUCGAAGUCGUUCUAGUUUAGAAAGCUAAUAAAAAAAAAACGGGUUAAUGAUUUUAUUUUCUUCUUA